AUGGAUGAAUUGGAAUUGAUUUCGCGAGUUGAGACAAGAAUUGUACUUGCAUCAACAGACGACAAGUUCUCAAGCACUUUAGAUUUAUACUUGAGUCCAUUGUUGCAAAAGUUGUCUUCAUCGCGCGAAGAUAGCCGAAGAAAAGUGCUUUCUAUUGUGGAACACAUCAACACUAGGCUCAACCCCAAUGUGCAGCUUCCAGUAGCGAAACUUCUCAGCCUUGCCACGUCCAGAGGCUCUGAGAGUUUAUUGACCAAAAAUGUUGCUGCAAACUUUUUGAAAAAGGCCUUGGAAAAUAAAUCAAUACUGCCUUGGAUUGCGCCUCUCGGUAAAUCUUUAGAGUCUGUGACUACAGAGUCGCUGCACCGAGCUUCGCUGCUGUUUCAGCUGUUUCUACAGGGCAUUGUAGAAUGGAGUAAAGCCGAAAAGCCUGCUCCAAUCGAUUUCGAGGACUCGGUACCAGGAAUUGCGAAGAGAUUCACUGAUUUGUUCAUGGUUGAUCUUGCAUUCAAAACCCGUCAAGUGGCGCCAGGCUUGAACCACAACGACUUUGUCUUCCAACUGGGCCCUAACGCGGAGUUGUCUGAAGCUACACUUUCUCAGUCAAAAAUAGCUGUCCUGAAGUUUAUUGAUGGCGCGGAAUGGCCCGCUGAUCUCAAAUACCUACCUCUGUUCGCAGCCUCUGCCGAUCGGCUGUCUGACGUUUCAUCAUCUGCAACUGCACAGCUACGCAGACUCUCUGUGCCUUUGAGUCGCGAUAUUUCAACCAAACUUCAAACUCUGGCUUCGGGUUCUGGGGGCGGGCUCUCGGCCAAAAACGCUUUGCAAAUCAAAGUGAUGGAAAUAUUCGCAAAAGAACCUGCUUUCGCCCCUGCAGAUCUUUCCGGAAACUUUCAGCGUGCUUUUGAGUCGGGUGAUCCACUUUUCCUCCACACAGCUAUCAGACUCAUAAAAUCUUUGGCAAUUGAGAACAAGGUGUCACCCAGUCCCUCUUCUAUCUUAUCUACACACGCCGACGCCUGGAUCGAACAUCUUCGAACCUAUAUCAUGAACACAGGAUGGCCCGUGUCACACGUUUCUGCACCCCAGUCUGAUUCUUUACGGCAAAGAGCCUAUGAAACCAUCGGUCUGCUUCAGCGGUUCACUGAGAUCAGAACGUUGUCCAUUGUGAGGUUUCUGGUAGAGAGCUUAGAGCGAGAUGCCACGAUAUAUGUGCCCAGCAUUCAACAAGCUCUCGGGGAAAUUAUGACACAGAUAUCAUCUCUCACUAGUGAGCUUCAAGCUGAGCUCAAGAGUAUUCUUCUUAGCACACUUCGCUCGGCGAGCCGCGAUGUAACAAAGUACGUCGCUGUAAGAUUUGCAAUUAUGGGCUUUCCUUUUGAAGAUUCAGAAGCCAGAGUUCUAUGCCUCCUUGGACAAGAUCCAGCCAAUCGUUCUGAUGUCCAAGAGGAAGCUCGCCGCGGUCUGCAUCCGUAUCUAUAUGAGAAAACUACAUCCAUGUAUCUCGAAUCUGUUGAUGUUAAGUUUCCUGAUUUCGAGGCUCUGCUAUUGACGAUUGAUAACGCUAACUUGCAGGAGUUUGCUCCACAAGUUUUUGACAAGGCCAUUCUUUUGCUUUCCCAGAUUCUUAUCAAUUCGGCCAGCCCCAUUAGAGUCGAUGCUGAGUGGACUAAAGUUGUAGAUGCAGCUCCGAUCUAUGAUCUCAAGGUACGGAAAGCAGUCGCCAGUUUUCUGAAUAGCAAGCCAUCCGCAAGCAAGUUGUUCGAUUAUUGUUUUGCGGCGUUAUCAUCCGGUUUAGAAGCAUACCAACACGCUCCAAAAGUUUGGAGUAUGUUGAUGAAGGUAUCUCCACAGCAACUACUCACUUCGCAGGCUGAAAGAUUGGAAAAUAUGUUGCCCUUACUGGAAGGACGAUUUAAAGAUGUAAUUGCUGACGGUAUCUCCCGCAUAUGUCCAGCGUCAUCUGCCUCCGAACUUGCCCGCAAACUCCUGCCUCUAUCUAAGGGCAGGGCCUCUGCUUUGGCCUCGCUUCUUGAAAAAGUGUCUCUAGAUGGGCUUGAAGUUCCCAAAGAUCUUGUGUCGAGUUUAAUUUCCUACUGUAAGGAAGAGCAAUACGUUGGUCCGCUUUUCAACCUUGCUUGUGGUGGUCUCCUAGCUCAUUCUGAUGAACUUUUGGAGUUCCUAAAAUCGAAAGGCGAUGAGAAAUCUAUGCUGGUUCUUGGUGCUUAUCGUUUAUCGAAUCCAGACCAAGCCAAGCUCUAUAUGGACACGCUGAUCUCUUUGAACAAGUCGUCUAACAUCGACACUUUGCUGGCUAACGGUGAAUCCUUGUCCAUUUGUGCUUCUGGGUGGAAUUCUAGUGCUUUGGAGAAUUACAGUAGCCCCGAGAAGUUGUAUCAGACAUCUCUGGUUCCUGAACUCUUGGAAGAUAUUUUUGCUGGAAGUAAAAAGACAGAUCCUGCAGUAAGACGCUCUUCGUGCGUAAGAUUGCUUUGUUUAGUUCAAUUCAGCUCCCACGAGACGAAACAGUACGUUUCAGAGGUCCAGAAAUACUUUUUGAGGUUUUUGUCUGAUGGUGACGACGUCUCUCAAGAAGCCGCGUCUCGGGGACUUGGAAUCGUGUAUGAGCAGAGCGACGAAGAGACAAAACGCAACCUAGUAGAGAAGCUUGUUGGCUCAUUCACUUCUGAUCGAGCGUCGCAACGUGCUAUGGCGGGCACUAUUAGCGAAGAUACCCAGCUAUUUGAACCCGGUGUCCUAAGCACAGGAGACGGCUCCAUUUCCACAUACAAAGAUGUCCUCAAUCUUGCUUCGGAGGUGGGUGACUCAACUCUGGUUUACAAGUUUAUGUCGUUGGCAGCAUCGUCCAAAAUUUGGUCUAGCCGGCGAGGUAUGGCGUUCGGCCUCGAGUCUAUUAUGGCGAAGGCGGACUUCGAUGCCGCCAGUCCAACAAAGAAAAAGCUCGUGCCAAAACUCUAUCGUUACAUUUUCGACCCGAAUACCAAAGCAAGAGAAGCUAUGCAGAGCAUUUGGAAUGUUUUGGUACCCGAUCGUCGAAAGACCAUCUUGGAGUACUUUGACGAUAUCAUCAAGGAGUUGCUGAGUGGAAGCAGUGCGCGCGAAUGGCGUGUCCGUGAAGCAAGCACUCGUGGUUUGACUAGUCUUGUUGAGACUUUGGAGUGGCGACAUUUGGAGCCGCGUGCAAUAGAGCUUUGGCAAGUGGCGUUCAGGAUGCUAGAUGAUAUCAAAGAUAGCGUUCGCAAAGCAGGACUUGACUUUACCAAAUCCCUGGCGUCUGUUUUAACAAGACGACUGCAGUCUCAUUCUGAGACAAAUAGUAACCUGCUUUCAACUCUGAUUCCAUUCCUGACAGGUCCUAGGGGAUUGCAAUCAGAGAGUGAAGAUGUGAGGGUUUUCGCAAUGGAGACCCUCAACAAAAUCGCGAAAAGUGAUUCCGAUGAUUUUAAGCCCUUCAAGCUUAAGUUUGUUAAUGACUUUACACUUUUGUUAUCAACAAUCGAGCCUCAAGCAAUGAAUUAUCUUGCCCUCAACGCUGCUAACUAUGGUGUCGACGCUAGCACAAUUGACGAAAGUCGUAUGCGGGGGUUGAGUCGGUCGCCUAUAAUGGAGACUCUUGAGUCUUUAGUUGACAGACUUGAUGAUAGUGAGCUUAGAGAUUAUCUUGCUGACCUACCGAAAACCAUAAAAGGUUCAGUGGGCCUUCCCUCCAAGCUUGCUUCUGCAAGGUUAGUUAUCUCGGUGUGUCUUCGGUUUUUCAGGGACAUCGACCCUACUCCGGUACUACGAGCCUGUGCGUCGCAAUUUCAUGAUCGCAACGAUUUAGUUGCCCAAACGUUUGCCGCUGCUGCAGGUUAUGUUUGUCGUCUGACACCAUUAGCAGAAGUUUUAAAGUACCUGGAUCUUCUCAAGACUAGCUACUUUUCAGAAGAUGCAACCGACCGUGAGCGGCUCAUUGUUGCCGUGGCCGUGAGCGCCAUAUCAAAGCAUGCAUCGGAUGUUUUUGCAAAUUCCGCUGCGCUUGGGUUGCCUCUGGCUUUUGUCGGAGCUAAUGACCCUGACAAAAAUGUUUCUAAAGUUUUUGAGGAGGUUUGGGCGUCAAAUACCGGCGGUCAAGGUUCGAUCCAGCUCUACUCAAAAGAGAUUAUGGAGUUGUCUGCCCCACACCUGGUAUCAACCCUUUGGCACAUCAGAGAAGGUGCAGCCAGAAGUAUAGGCAAGACAGCGGAAUUUUUGAAAGAGCCAAAUGAAGCAAUCCUGGACAGCUUACUGAAGGCCAUGUCAGGACGCAGCUGGCCAGGGAAAGAAUACGUAUUCAAGGCGUUGGUUAAAGUGAGCCUUUUGGGCUCAGGCGAUAUUGACACUGUGAGUAACCGUGUGCUCAAUGAAAUCCAGAGGCGAAAUAUUCAAUAUCGUCUAAAGAUUCUUCCCUAUGUUGGUGAAUUUCUGGCAAAAUAUCCUGGCUCCAGUGUUUACGCAGGGUUUUCAAGCGCAUUAUUACCAUUUUUUGAAACAAAGGCAGAACGUCCAGCUACUGUAACUGAAGACGAAGACGAAGACGCAGUUUCAGCGACCGAUGAGGAGAAGAUUGAUAUCUUAGCAAGUGCAGUGGAGAGUUACAAUAGUGGCUACGAAGUGGAGGGUUGGCUAGAGGGCCUUCUUUUGAGUUCGCUGGCCAGCUGGAAGUUCAAAGUAGCUGUCUGCCAGCACAUGGUUGAGUUGUCUAAAAAAGACUAUUUCAGCCAGAAUCUCUGGGACCGGUGCGCAGAUGCUUGUGCCACCGAUUACACGCAUGAAUCUGUCAGAAUCGAAUGGGUCAGAGCUGCCGGGGCGCUAGUCGAUUUCGGCGUUAGUGAUGAUGUUAGACGGCGAAUGCUCAACGAGCCUUCGUCAGUGGUUAUAACCGAACUUAAAAAGUACAAUUUUGUGUAG